AUGAGAGGCGUCCCGGCGUGCCCUUCUUGCCCCCAAUGUGGUGUGGAUGCCGACGGUUAUUUAGCGAUAGUUAAUGGUGCGAUCGACCAGCUGAUGAUGAUGGUGGUGAUGGUGUCAUGUGUCCCUCAGAGGGUUGUAAGAGAUUCAAAUGCAAGAUUACACAAGGGCGGCCGGGGAUGUCUUGAGCAACUUGAGACGUCGGGAGGAGUCUUUUCGGAAAGGGAUGGGAACCGCGAACGUGUCUCGGACAUUGUAAGUUAUAGUGUAAGUGGUAGUGGCAGUGUAAUUGGCAAUGUCAGUGGAAGUGAUAGUGUCAGUUUAAGUGUUAAUGUCUGUGCCGUCAACAAGAUCCCACCCAACACCUGGCUGCCAGCACUUCCACCUGCCAACACCUACCUACCAACAGGAGGGAACACGCCCCUUAGACCCCCAUUAGAAACCCUACAAGACCCCCCCAAGAACCCCCAAUCCAAAGACCCUACAGACCCCCCCAAGAACCCCCAAUCCACAGACCCCAAUCCACAAGACCCCACCCCAAGACCCCCCAAUCCACAAGACCCCAAGACCCCCAAUCCACAAGACCCCCCAAUCCACAAGACCCCACCCAAGACCCCCAAUUCCCACAAGACCCCAAGACCCCCCCAAUUCCAGCACCCCCUAAGACCCCCCAAUCCACAAGACCCCCCCGCCAAGACCCCCCAAUCCAAAAGACGCCCCCAAAGACCCCCCAAUCCACACAAAGAAGUUCGUGUUCAGCGGGACAAGACGACGAGGCGACGAGGCGACGAGCGACGAGGCGACGAGGCGACGAGAGAGGCGACGAAAACCGCCCGCGUCCAAAGUUAUCCACGUCACCUGAGUCUCGGAAAGUUCACAAUUCGCGAGAAGCAAGUCUUGAAGUCCCCUUGCGAAGACUGUGAAGAAUCGGAUGGGAGCUUGGAACGCCAACUGAGUAUAAACUGCAUUACCAGUCAACAUGAAACUUACACCAUAAUGCCUGGAAAAUACCUCUAA